AUCUCCUAUUGUGACUGGACAGAUCGGCCAAAAGCGUUCAUGUUUAUCCAUGAUACGUCAGCAUAAGAUUUAAACACCCAAUGCAAAUGUUUUGACGAUGCACAGCUCCGAUUGGACAAAUCGCUGUCAGUAUUUCUUCGCGAUUGGUUUAGUUCUGAGUUCUGAGUUCUGUUAGUCCCUCCCCCAGAAAACUAGUAGGUUUUUCCAACACCUCUCACAGCGGUGCAUCACGGAGGUUUGGAAACGGGAGUGGAAGACGCGGGGCAACGACUCACCCUAUUAUACUAGAAAUUGUAUUCAGGGUUGGUUUGCCCGGUCCGAUUUCCAACUUAACAACGUCGUACUUCCUCUCACAUUUCAUCUCAGACCUGACAUCCCCUCUAAUGUCGGAUUUCAAGCUUGGGAUUGUUCGACUUGGCCGUGUGGCCGGGAAGACGACUGAGAUCUUGGCCUUGAAUGUGUCCACUCACUGUCCGAAGUAUCACUGUCUGAACUGUCACUGUCCACUCUUCGACACACAGACAAAGUACACUUUGAUUGAUGAGCAAGACAUACCAUUGGUGGAAAACUAUGCCUUUGAGGCACGCAUGGAAGUUGAUGCAGAUGGGAAUGGGGCAAAAAUCUUUGCUCAUGCCUUUGACAUCGGCAAGGGUAGAUGGGCUGGUCGACUACUGCAUGAGUUACUUUGGGAAAAGCACAGAGGUGGAAUUGCUCCAAGUUUCCAAGUACUUCACAUAAACUCCGUCACAGUGGACAACCGUCUAGACAACUUGCGUCUCGUUCCUGUGGGAUGGAGUCCCAAACCAGAAGAACUGUCCAGCAAACAAAGAGAGCAGUCAUUGUACUGGCUGGCCAUCCAGCAGGUACCAGCAGACCCAGUGGAAGAGCAGUACCUGGAAUUGAGUCGCACACGCUACUACAAUGCCAAUGGAGAGCUGGUGGAAGAGGAGGAGUGUUCCUGCACUUACUACGAGUGUCACUACCCACCUUGCUCGCUCAUUGAGAGGAGGGGGUGUGGUCCUGGUCAAGACAAUCUCCUGAACUCCAAACUGAAUAUUAGAAUGGGAAGGAAAGUUGAGGGAGUUCAACAUCUGUGGCCGAUGCCAAGUGGCACGUUACUGUGGCUCACAGUGCCAACAGAGAGAUUGGCCAGCCCAUAAGAAGCAGUGCCGUGAGCGUAAACGGGUUCUGGCUCUGGAGUCUGAGCCGGAGCGAUGAUCCCCCUCAAUCCCAGUUUGAAGAACGAUGGUCACAGUGGGUGUGGGGUGAAAAAACUGACUGCUAUGAUAGGGGACAAUUUUGGUGGGUUGGAUGGGCCUGAUGGAAAACCUACUUCCCAGAACUUUCAUAUCUCCACAACUUGCCUAUGGGGAUUAUGGGAAAUUUAGUUUUUUGUUGUUCAGAGGGAGGUCUAAAAGGCUCCACCUGCUGCUAUGGAUGUGUGUUUAAUGAAGAAAAACACAUACAUGAUGUCGUCAGAACUCUUUCUCUGUGGACUGCAUAUGAGUAUUGACAGUCAUGCGCUCGCUUGUUCUAUCUGCCCUUCUGUCAUGACGUAUUAGCCGCCAACGAGGGACAAAACUGCUGUACAACUGAUGAUGAGAUGGAAUACGGACCUCUUCACUGUACUACCCUUCUUCCUUUUCUCCCAGUUGGACUUCUUGUGCACAACCUAGCACAUAGUCAUUCACCUGCCCUACCUUCAUAAGUAUAAAGCCACACCACCAGUAUCUGUGUGUGUGCAAUGCCAUUAUUGACUGAAGGACAUGAAUAAAGAGUUUGAUUUUUAUUUUUAUUUAAUUUUUUCCUUUUCUUUUUGGGGUUUCAGUGUUGGGGAAUAUGCCUUUGGGGUGAAGGGAUGUCAUCUUUAAGUCUACCUGUUUUUGAAAUGCAUUACAAUCCUAUUUACCUUUCACACUUGUGUCAUGUUUGGUUUCAUUUACCAUAACAAGCACUCAGUUAGAGGGAUGUCCUGGGAAAAACUUGAAAACCCACAUGGAAAGUUGACUAUGAUUCGUAUUGUCCAUGUGUACUUGGAUGUUUAAUAUUGUCGUUUGGGUCCCAGUCAUUUAAUGUUUAGUCAUCUUGUUUGUCUUAAAAUCUUUGUCAAAGUGAGUUUAACAUGAAUUUUGUUUGGAAAAAAAUACUACAAAAUACUAUUUGCACACAAGUUCUAAGUGUGUCUUCCUCUUUACGUCAAGGGCAACUCUACCAAACUGUGACAUGCACUCCCAAACAAUCAUGUGUAAUAGACUCAUACAUGUGAUAUUUGUCUGAGUUCAUAUUCCGAAUAAUUUAUUUAUCUGGUUUGGUUGGACACUGCUAAAUACCCUCAAUUUUAUCCUUGUACUUAUACUUUUUUUUUUUUAAGCUAUUACCAUACAAACAUUUAAAUGCAUAAAUAUGUUAAUGGACAAGGUUUGUGAUAACUCACCGUCUCUUGUCACUGUAAUAUAUAAGAAUAAAAAUAGUUAAAAUCUCAGAUGUGUAAAGGUUAAUCGGGUAGCAUAGUGUCUGUUUUGUCCAUAUAAUGUUUUCUUUAGAGCCUAAAACUGUU